UUACAACAACAACCUGCUUUCAUUCUCAGUUCUGCGCUGGUUGCCGCAAGUGUUCGAGUGGCUACUUGGGCUUUCGUUUAUCCGUUUUGUAUGCUGUGAUGAGUCAGUACUCACUAGGAGGUCCCAGCCAAGACAAAUCAUUACCUAAAAAACGUUUGCAAGAUUCUAAUUGCGUUUAUACUAGCUGUUAUUGUGAAGAAAACGUUUGGAAGCUGUGUCAACAAAUCAAGGAGCAAAAUGAGGAUGACUUAAAGGAAUAUUAUGUUGCAUUUAUUUCCAAUUUCAACAGACAGGUGCCGUUAUGGAUGCAAAAGCAAGGAAAAGAUCCUUUGACUCCAGUGAUAUGGGAUUAUCAUGUCGUGUUGUUGCAAAAACCAGCUGAGGGCAAGCCACUUGUAUAUGACUUAGAUGCAGUAAUGCCAUUUCCCUGUUUAUUAGAACAAUACUUAGUACAAGCGAUACAAAAAGAAAGCGCAUUGAAGAAAGAAUAUCACAGAAAAUUUCGAAUCGUUGAAGCGAGAGAAUUUCUUACUACAUUUGCGUCAGAUAGAUCUCAUAUGUUAAUGCCGAAUGGUCAGUAUUUGAAACCACCUCCUGAUUACCCACCCAUCAGAACUGCAGACGAAGUUAUGAACUUAGAUGAUUUUAUCGAAAUGACAAACGGUCUUGGUGUUGGAAAAGUGAGGGAUUUGAAAGGACUCAUAAAGUUUUUUGGUCUUCCUAAAAACAUCUUGUAAACAAUCUACUAACAAUCAGGACAUAUUUUAUAUCUAGACGCUAUUUUUAUUUAUUACUGUCAUUGUAAAUAUGCAUACAAAAAUCUGUUGUUACUCGCGUGGUUGUUAGGUGCCAAUCUCUAUUGCCAUUUGUGACGUGUAUAAAAAUAAUUUUCACCAAAACAGUGUUAUGUGAUACCAUUAUAUUGCUGAAAUUUUAUGAAGUAAAUUUAUCAUAUUUGUUAACCUCGUAUGUUUUGGUUAAUUUUACUGUCUUUAUAAUUUGAAAAUAUAUCGUGUGUCGUUUAUUCUUCUUCAAGUUUAAAAAGCAAAACAAAGAACAGACCUUGCAUGAGUGCUUAUGAGUUGAUUACGCGAUAUGAUUCUGUUAAUAUUCAUUUUUUUAAAUGUUACCAAAUAAAAAAAUAAGUUUUUAAGGAUUUUCCCAUCUUUUACCAGAACCCUUGUACCUGAUAAAAGGUUAUACUUGUUUAUUGAUUGGUAGUCAUUAUCCUCGCUCCCAGGGCCUUGUUCGAUAUUUAAGAAAAAGUCGAAGAGCCGUGGGAACGAGUUUGGGUAGCAACAUUUAAUAACGUUUAAAUUUUGUAUGAUUAUAUGAUAAAAACAUCAGAGUAUAUGUUAA